CUGCUCUCACCGCGUGGGCGUCGCGCGUGGCGACGGCGUGCCUCAACGCUCCUCAAUGAACGACGCCAUUAUGGUUAUUUUGGCAAGUACUUGAACAAAUACAACGGUUCAUACAUACCUCCGGGCUGGCGUGAAUGGGGCGGACUCAUAAUGAAUUCAAAAUACUACAAUUAUAGCGUUAACAUGAAUGGAAAGAGGAUAAAACACGGCGAUGAUUAUAAUAGAGACUAUUAUCCGGACCUAAUAGCGAAUGAUUCGAUAGCAUUCUUGCGUGCUUCUAAGCGCAGAUUUUCAAGGAAACCGGUCCUACUCGUGAUGUCCUUCCCCGCGCCCCAUGGACCCGAGGAUUCAGCUCCCCAGUACUCUCACCUCUUCUUUAACGUAACAACCCAUCAUACACCAACAUACGAUAUGGCGCCAAAUCCAGAUAAACAAUGGAUCCUGCGGGUGACAGAGAAAAUGAAACCGAUUCAUAGACAAUUCACGGAUCUGCUAAUGACAAAGCGUUUGCAGACAUUACAGAGUGUCGAUAUGGCUGUUGAACGAGUGUACCAGGAGCUCAAAGCACUGGGGGAGUUAGAUAACACUUAUCUGGUGUACACAUCGGAUCACGGAUACCAUCUAGGACAGUUCGGACUGGUUAAGGGCAAGAGCUUUCCCUUCGAAUUCGAUAUAAGAGUACCGUUUCUAGUACGUGGACCGGGAGUCGAACCUGGCACUGUUGUGGACGAUAUAAUCCUUAACAUAGAUUUGGCCCCCACUUUUUUGGACAUGGGAGGAGUCCAGCCCCCGCCUCACAUGGACGGCAGGUCACUACUGCCGCUGCUGCAACCGAGGAGACGACGAGCGACAGCACAUUGGCCAGAUACAUUCUUGGUUGAGAGCUCUGGACGUCGUGAGAACCAAGCUCAUUUAAUGGAGGAACGUUUGCGAGCACAAAAAUACAGCAAAGAAAUGAAUUCAAGAACAACUACUGUUGUGCCGCUACUGUCCUCGUCGGAGAGCGGAGACUUUGAUGAUGAGUCUGAUGAUGACUUCCUUGAACUUGAUGAUGAAGAUGAUGAUGAUGAUAAUGAGAGCUCUGAAGACUCAUCCAACAAAUCAAAUCAACCUCUCAUAUCAAAUGAAAGUCACAACCCCAUACUCGAGGCGAGUCUCGAUAAGAUUCUUGGUGGUGAUGGUGCUGUCAAUAAUCAGUACAAUUACCUCAGCCAAUCAGAAAUGGAUGUCAUUAAUGGGAAGGCAGCACGUAUAGCGGCUGAAUGUUCCAAAGCUGAGCUCCGGGCUCCCUGCUCCGUCGGACGGAAAUGGAAAUGUGUACUCGUUAAUGGACGGUGGAGGAAACAUAAAUGUAAAUAUGAGGAUAUAGCUAUACCACAACCGAAAAUGAGCACGAAGAAAUGUGCUUGUUUCACACCAAGUGGCCUUGUUUAUACAAGACUGGAAACAGACGGUACGAUCGCUAGACGACCGGUUGAUUCACAGAAAGACAAUAACACUAGAUCAAAGAGGUCUACAGAUAAUGACGUGUUCGAACCGAACACUGUGGACACAAUCCUUGAGGAAAAUCCUAGCAUCGGACAUCUUAGUUUUAAUAACGAGCCUAUCGAUGAAAUAGAAAAACGGAAUAUAGAAAACAAAGUCGAUAAACUCAUCAGGGAAACUGAAGCUUUCCUCGAGGCGUACGAACGAACCAAAGAUAAUAUAGAACAUAAGAGAAGCAAGAGGCGCGCUCAGCAUUGGGGUCAUAAACACAAACCGCACAAGAACGACCCUAUGUUGAACAUGAAUGAAUCGUCUUUAGAGUGUAAGAUAGAUAAAGACGGUACCGUUAACUGUUCGCAAGUCAUAUACAAUGAUUUGAAAGCGUGGCAUACAAACAGACUGAGUCUAGAAGACCAAAUAAGAGAACUAAAAACGAAGUUGGAAGACUUAAAAGAAAUUAAGAGGCAUUUAAAAAUAAGCAAACCUGUAGUCGAAGUACAAACAGUGACUCCGUCGUACGUCAACAUGCAUUUACACAAUAAAACACAAACACCAGAUAACACGAAAGAUAGCUUUAGGAAAUCACGUUUCCAUAGAAUUAAAACCAAGCACAGAAACAGUACAGUGAUUGAUAAAAAAUUCAGACAACUCAACGAAUAUAUCCUACCGACUGUGAACGGACACACGAGAGACGAUAUAUUUAACACUCAACUCAGAAACGAAACAUCCACAGAAGCAGUCGUCAAACAAUUGAAUACAUUCGAUCUGGUCGAAAUAGAUACCAAUCAGACAUUUUUAGAAAAAUUACCAAAACCACAAGUAACUACGAUCAUAACAGAAAGUAACUUCUAUGAUCAGAAUUUUGCUGCGGAAAAAAGCACACAACCAGCAAUUACCACUACAGAUGAUACAGCGACUGAUAUUACAAGAAUAAAUAAAAUAUUCAGUAAAACACCAAAAACGGAACAACCAAGCCCGACUCAAGAAACUUCCACGGACGUUCUGUCAACAUUGCAGUAUUACAGUUCAGAAGCUGAUAAAGUAAUUUUAACAAUGACAACGACGCCAUCUCCUGCAGUUACACUAACAAAAUCUCACCAAACCUAUAAAAACCACACAAAAUCUUCAAACAGACCAAAAUCAUCAUCUCUAGGACCAACGAGAUUCGAUGCGUCGGAAUAUGAACAAAGAAAUCCUAAUAAAGGAAACUCUAAUAAUCACGGAGUAUUCAGCAAACCGGUGGACGUGUUCCAAAGAAGAUUACAUCCUUUAUUCAUAGAGAAUGAAGACAAGCAUGUUUGUUACUGUGAAGAGAGUCGCAAACUGAAACCAAUAGGCAACUCGUAUUUGGAAGCCACUCAAAGAGCGAGAGAAGAACGAAGGAAGUUAAAAGAACAGAGAUUGAGAAAGAAACUCAGGAAAGCAAAGAAGAAGGCGGAAUUAGAAAGGUUAUGUGAAUCAGAGCGUAUGAAUUGCUUCCGACACGACAAUGACCAUUGGCGCACGGCCCCGCUAUGGACCGCCGGGCCUUUCUGUUUCUGUAUGAGCGCCUCGAACAAUACGUACAACUGUGUGAGAACCAUUAACUCAACACAUAACCUACUCUACUGUGAAUUCGUAACGGGAUUGAUAACAUACUACAAUCUACGUAUAGAUCCGUUUGAAACACAAAACAGAGUUAAAUAUUUAUCGUCAGCUGAAAAGGAAUAUUUCCAUAAUCAAUUGCAACAGCUUUUGACGUGUCGGGGACCGUCGUGUAGAAGAUUCUCGCAUUCAAAUGUUGGAGGUAUCAAAGAUGACGUAAGCAGACGGACUGAAGAUGACCAACUUAUGUAUAGAGGGGAGCCAAUUGGUUACAGUGAAAGGGCAUGGCGAUGGAGCGGCUACGGUCGUAGAUAUGCAAGAGCCAGAGAGUUGCACCGGCGUCGACAUACCGCGGCCUUCUAG